AUGUCGACAUGGGAGCGGCGAGCCGGGACGCAACUGACGCCCAUCCUCAUGAAUCUGGCCUCCAUCGUGGAACGCAUGGACGAGGGCAUCCUGCCUGCAGUCUACUUUUUCAUCGGGCGCAGCCUGGACGCCACCCUGCCCCAGCUGGGGGCCCUCACCCUCUGCAGGGCCAUCGUACAGGCGCUGUCCUCCCCCAUCAGCGGCAUCCUGGGCGACAGAUGCGAUCGGACCAGGGUGGUCACAGCCGGGUGCCUGAUCUGGGGGGUGAUGACGGUGGCGGUGGGGGUGUCCACCUCCCUGCGCCAGGCCAUGGUGGCGUGCGCCUUCAACGGCAUGGGACUGGCCCUCGUGAUCCCCAGCGUGCAGAGCGUGGUGGCGGACUGCCACCCGGCCGAGCAGCGCGGCCGCGCGUUCGGCCUCAUGUCACUCACGUCCAGCCUGGGCGGCAUGGUGGGCGCCUUCUUCGCCACCAACGCAGGGUCCAGCACGUUUUAUGGCGUGGAGGGGUGGCGCUUCGCUUUCUUCCUCGUCGCCGCCAUUUCCCUGGGCACGGGGUUCCUGGUGCUGCACCUGGCCCGGGACCCGCGCCACGCCUUCGGCCCCGGGUUUGGCGAGGACCCCGUGCCGCUGCCGCGCCAGCUGGCAGUUCUGCAGCGCACGGGGAGCGGGGGCAUCGGCGAGCCGCGGCCGCCGCGCCCUCCCCACGACGUGGUGAGGUACGGCCCGGAGAGCCUGCAGGCGCGCAAGGCGGCGAUGCCGGAGGAGGGCCCGGACCUGCCGGGCUACGCACCCCUCAGGAUCCCCGAGGGCUGGGCCGCGGUGGCUGUGAAUGGCUCCAGUGGAUUCAGGAGCGUGAUGAGCGAGGUGCGGCUGGUACUGGGCAUCCGCUCCUUCCAAGUCAUGAUCCUGCAAGGGGUGGUGGGGUCGAUCCCCUGGCAGGCCAUGGUGAUGUUCACUGUCUGGUUUCAGCUUCUGGGAUUCUCGGACCUGCAAGCCAGCUCCUGCAUGGCCAUAUUCGGGCUGGGGUGCGCAGUGGGAAGCCUCAUCGGCGGGCACAUUGGGGAUGUGAUGGCGGCCAGGUACCCUGGAUCGGGCCGCGUGUUUGCCAACCAGGUCUCAGUGGUGCUGGGCCUGCCGCUGUCGGUACUGCUCAUCAAGGGCCUACCGCAGCCCGUGGCGGGGGACCCCCACUUUGGCGCCUACGCCGGUGUCCUGCUCCUCAUGGGCCUGCUGGUCAGCUGGUGCGGCUGCAACAACUCUGCGCUCUUCGCCGACCUGGUGCCGGAGCAGCUGCGCAGCACCAUCUACGCCUUUGACCGGAGCUUCGAGGGCGCCAUCGGCGCCUUUGGCGCCCCACUGGUGGGCCUGACCGCGGAGCGCUGCUUCGGCUUCAGUGGGACGGUGGGCGCGGGGCGGGACGACGCCGAGUCGGCGCGCAACGCGCGCGCACUGGGCGACGCGCUGCUGGUCAUGCUUGCCCUGCCCUGGCUGAUGGACCUGGCGGCGCUGGUCCCCCUGGAGCACGCCAGCCGCAGGCGGCGCGUGCGCAGCUGA